AUGGGAACAGGCUUGGCGGAAUCAGUAAGGAAAGAAGACCCUGUUGAGCUUGACUCUAGUUCGACUUUGCGGGGCGAUGCCCCUGUUUUUGGACCGAAGAUCGGCUAUGGCUGGGCGAUUCGGGCGGAAGAUAUUGUCAGGUGGGGAAAGCGACGCGUGCGCCCGCCAUUCGCUUACCAACCAAUAGUAGGGGGCCUCGGCCCCCUAGAGGCACGUGCCAUGGGUGACCCUUGUGAGGCAAAUUAG